AUGCCUUCGGAGGAUGCGAAAGCCGUGAAGAAAGUUGAGGCUGAGGAAGACAAUAUGAGCUUGAGCUCUAUUGUAAGGAAGAAGCCCACGAACGCCAACAAUGUCGGUUCGUCUGCGACAGCUUCGAGGAAAUCGAAGAAAGAAGAGAACGAUGACGAUGAUGAUGACAAACCCAUCAAGUUAUCUUUAUCUGGGUCUCGACCAAAGCCACAGAAGAAGGAGAUUGACGAAGAAGAUGAUGAUGAUGACAAACCCAUCAAGUUAUCUUCAUCUGGGUCUCGUCCAAAGCCAUCGAAGAAGGAGAUUGAUGAGGACGAUGAGAAGAAGCCCGUUUCUAAGAGGAACAAUUCCUCAGCGGGAGUCUCAAAGGAUAAAGAGGUGAAGAAAAAGAAGACAGAGAAAGAAGAAGUAGUAGCAAAGAAAAAGACGACAGAGAAAGAAGAAGAAGUGAAGAAGAAGAGGGAAAAGAAAGUAUAUGAUUUGCCUGGUCAGAAGAGAGACCAACCUGAGGAGAGAGAUCCACUUAGGAUUUUCUACGAGUCACUCCACAAGCAAGUUCCAACAAGUGAAAUGGCUCAGAUUUGGUUGAUGGAGUCUGGAUUGCUUCCAGCUGAGAAAGCAAAGAAAGUGCUUGAGAAGAAACAGCAAAAGCUUGGAAAGUUCAGUUCUCCAGCGAAAUCUGCAGCUUCAACUCCAAGAAGCAGCGCAAAAAAAUCAGUGACGGCAAAGAAGGACGUAAAAUCAUCAGCUGAAGCUUUGUCAGGGAAAAAGAAAGGAAGUGAUUCGAAACCAACCGCCACGAAGAAGCGGAGGAAGGAUUCUGAUGAUGAUGAUGACUCGGAUGAUGAUUUCUUGGCUAGCAGAGUCGCUAAGAAGCCCAGAGCCAAGUAG